GUGAGAGCCCAACUGCAUCAUCUGGUGGCCUAUGGAACCAGACACGAUGAGGCCACAACCAACCACGGGCGAAGCGGGGGAGGAGUACAAGACAUCGCCCGACCGAGCUCUGAGGGAUCUGAAGGAACGAAUUAGGCGAGAAGCACUGCUGAGAUGGGCUGACCAAACCAAUGACGGAGAGCCCGACGUAAUGGGCGAGGCGGUUGUGACAGAGCCGCAGGAGGCUCUGAAGACAGGAACCUCGAGCGGACGACGAGAAGCGACGAGACGACGUUCCCCCGAGUAUGAGCGGAGGGAGGCCAUGGCGGAUAGGCACAGGGACGACUGGAGAGAGAGUUCGAGGGCAUCCUAUUGGAGGGUCAGAGACAGGGAUAGAGCGCCGCCCAGGCGAGUCUUCGACCCCCAGACCGGGGAGUCACAUCCGCUCCCUUAUGAGAGCAAGGAUCGCUAUAUUAUUACGCACAAGGCCUCGGAGCCCCCUACUUUCAGGGGUUAUGGCAUCACAAAAUAUCUGGAAAAGUGGGAACUUCACGCCAGCCGGAGUCAGUGGUCGGAGGAAGAGAUUAUAGAGAACUUCCUAUUUAAUGUAGAUCCAAGUCUCGGCAAGGAAGUUAAGGAAGACCGACCCAAGGAUGGGAAAUGGACUACGUACAAAAAGAACCUCGUAGAGCUUUACAAAUUGGAGGAUAACAAGUACUCCAUCCAAGACCUCGAGACAAUGACUCAAGAUGGAGAUGAGAGCGUAUGGGCAUUUGGGAUGUGUUUCCAAAAGAUCUCCUACGUGCUGAUGAAGAAGGGGAAGAUCUCGGAGGUCGAGCGUUGUACUAUCUUCAUCGGACACUUAUCCAAAGGUAGACAAAAGAGUAUACUUAGAGAUCUUUCGCGGAACAAGCUUGAUUUCCCAGAAGUCCUAAAGCUCGCGAUAAAGGCAGAGGCAGACGACUACAAGGACUUGGUGUGGAGAGGGAUGAGGAGACGUGACUUCUCUCUCUACAAGGAGUAUACCACUGAUAGAUGUCCCGAUUUCAAGGACUAUUCCUGGUCGGAAAAGAAUGAAGCUGUGGCCGAGGAAGUGAAGGAGAUAAGGGACAUAGUAAAGGGAUUGACAAGACAGGUUACAAAGAUUGUGACCACCACCGGAGCCACGGCAUAUCGGGACAAGUCCGGAGGGUCCUAUUCACUUCGCUGGGACCGGAGGAACACUGAUUCCUGGAGGAGUGUCGAGGAUAGAAAUCCCCGAACGUUGACUGAUUAUUGUGCGAGGGAAAGGGAGAGAGACGAUGAACCAUGGCGGCGUAGGGAUGAUGAGAUAGACCGGGACUGCAGGACUCGCGAGACGUACGGGCGUGCUAGGAGACUCGAUGACUACUCGCGUAGCCCUCGCUAUGAGCCUGACGGGGGUAGAGGCGACUCUCGAGGCCGGUGGGAGUCGGAUCAGGACCGGCGAGACGGAUUCAGGGACGGCAGAUAUGCGAGAUCGGACCGAGAUGGACAUAGGGACGACAUAUAUGAGAGAUCGGACCGAGAUGGACAUAAAGACGACAAAUAUGAGAGGAUGGAUCGAGACGGAUACAGGGGCGGCAAAUAUGAGAGAGGGGAUCGGCCCGAUGAUUCACGCGGACGGUACGACCGAGAUGACCGGCGUGAUGAUUCACCGAGGGGUACGACCGAGGAGACCGACGUGAUGAUUCAUGUGGGCGGUACGACCGAGGAGACCGGCGUGAUGAUUCACGCGGGCGAUACAACCGAGGAGACCGACGUGAUGAUUCACGCGGGCGAUACGACUGAGGAGACCGACGCGAUGAUUCACGCGGGCGAUACGAACACGGAGACCGCCGUAAUGAUUUGCGCGACAGGAAUGAGAGAGGGGGAUAUGGCGCUUCGGCUGAUCCACGACAGGCCGCCAACUCCCAGGAACUCUUGCGUCUAUUGUAGAGGGGAUGAUCAUAUCAAGAGAGACUGCCCGGAUCUCAAACGGGCGAUAGAUGAGGGACUUGUCGUGCUUGACGACCGCAAGUACGUCAAGUGGGCAGAUGAUCUGGGAGAUGUAUCGAUGUUCCCUUCGAUGAAGGAGAAUGUCGAAGCAAGGAGAGUAAAGCCGAGUAAAGGAAAGAAGUCGGUCAGGAGCCAGAGCAUCAAGAUAACUUUUGAGGGGGAUAUGGCGACCACACCCAUAAGGGUGGCGACCACCAAGUCGGCGAGAGGGUCUACAUCGAAGAAGACUGACACGGAUAACGUGAUGGCGGAGAAGGACGGACAACGGAUCGAGGGAGAGGAAGUUAUUGUUUCGCCGCGGAAGCGGGGAGUGAAGAAGUUCUUGAUGAAGAGUUCGCUGAACGAGAUUGACACGGUCGAGCCACUGAGGCGGGCCCUUCGGCAGCCCAUUUUAGACGCUAGAGGGAAAGAGAGACCGUUAAGAUUUGAGAGUAGAACACUUAAUGCGGCUGAGCGUAACUACAGUCAGUUCAAGAAAGAGGUGUUAGCUGUUCUACGGUGUCUAGACACGUUCAGACAUUAUAUCUAUGGCCGUCGGUUCAUCCUGAGAGUAGAUCCCACCGCGGUUGCCUCUGUCCUCGAGAAGGACUUUAGCCUGACAGACCCGACCAUUGCACGAUGGAUAAUACGGAUUCGGCUAUAUGAUUACACAGUAGAGAGGAUAUCUGGCACUAAAAAUGUCGUAGCGGAUGGGCUCUCUCGGAUCCCUCUUGAGGGCGAGCGCUCGAUACUAGCUGAAGCUCUGACAAUGGCGGAGACGAGACGCGCCGAGCGAUUUCUGGUUAACCUUUACGAGGGCAAGUACCGAAUGAUCGGGCUACACCUGACAGGACAGGAGAGUCAAGAUUCAGAUAUCCGGAGACAAGCAGCCAAGUACUGCCUUAGAGCGGGCCACCUUUUUCGAAGGCCAGUAGGGUCGGGGAUGCCCUUACGAGUAGUCUGUAAUCCUGAGGAGAGACAGACGAUAGUGGCGGAGCUUCACGACGGGGUGGUCGGAGGACAUAGAGGAGUCAGAGGGACCUACGAAAAGGUACGCAGGUUGUACUGGUGGGAAGGACAGUAUAAGGACGUCGAGAGGCACUGUAUGACCUGCGAGGAGUGCCAGAAAAGAGCUCUUGUGAAAUACAAAGAGCCACUUCAACCAUCCUAUCCAACCAGACCGGGAGAGAAGGUACACAUCGAUUUGGUGAAGAUGCCGAAAGGGGUAGGCAAUAUGAACUAUGUCGUGAACAUACGAGACGACUUCACGGGGUUCAUGGACCGUAGACCUAUCAGGAGUAAGACGACAAAGGAAGUGAAGAACUUCGUCCUAGAGUACUUAUCUAGGUAUGGUUGCGUCAGCAAGAUAGUGAUGGACAGAGGGGCGGAGUUUCUAGCUGACGAGGUUCAAAGUGUGUUCAAGAGAGCCGGGGCAAGAGUUUCGAUAGCUACCGCCUAUCACCCACAGUCGAACUCCCCCGUAGAGAGGGGGCAUCAGACUCUGAUAGCGUCACUAUCCAAGUGGUGCAAAGGUAAGGACAGUGAUUGGCCACGAUAUUUUCGAUACGCGAUAUGGGCGGACAACGUCACGGUCCGGGCUAGCACUGGAUACCCACCAUACACCUUACGGUUUGGGCGGCAUUGUCCGCUCCCCAUAGAGUUUCACGUCGACAGCUGGACAACUGUCGACUGGACGGAGGAGAUGUCCAGAUAGGAACUCAUAGCUGCCCGAACAAGACAGAUAGCCUACGGUUUAGAGGAUAGCCUUAUGACAGCGGCAAAUC